AUGCAAGUGAGCGAAUACCUUCGUAACAAGUUGAUUGAACAUAUUAAUGUUGAUCCAAGGGCUACCAAAAAGCGACAUAACAACAUCGGCAGAGGUGGAAGACAUCAAAAUUUUCGAAAACUAUUUCUGAACCUCAAGAAAAACAAUAACAAUGGAAAUGAAGAUAGCAAUGAAAGCAUCAAGUACGAUAAAGAUAUGAAAAGUUCACAAUGGGAUAGCAAUGAUGAAAAAUUUUGCGAGGAAGAAGAAAUAGUCGAGGAUAUUUAA